AUGUGGAUCCCCAACCUCAGAGAUUGGGACCCAAACAAUAAGAAAGGGAUGGCAGAGGUUCGUGCGAAAGGGCUGCAGCCUAAUGUGAGAAAACCUGCUAAUGGUCCGGCCAGAGCAGCAUUUGGUGACAUCACAAAUGCAACAAAAGAUCAGAUUAUUGAAACUGACAAGAAGAAAUCGCAAGGGACACUAAAGCUACCAACUAAAGACAUCAGGGUUGCCCCAAGCAACAAGAAUAGCAAACCCCUUACCAAGAAAAAGACAGGCAUUCAAAAGGAGCCAGAUGCCUUGUCUAGCUUCAUCCAGAAUUCAAGUAAUUGCUUUAGUGUGUCCUCCACUUCAAGUCUCACAGACAGUCUUUCAUCCCAAGACUCUUCCUUCUCUGAUAAGGAGCAGGCCCAGAUCAAUCUAGCUGCUGGGGUCCCAGCUGAGAGGGUGGAAGAAGACAUCUCUUUUGUCAUCAUUGAUGGCUCUGAUGGUGAUAUUGGUGAAGCUGCUAACAGACAAGAAAUUGAAGAGAAGAAAGAGGACAGCCUGCCGUCAGUUGACCAGGAGAAUUAUUCAGAUGUAUUCAACGUGGGUAUCUACGCCCAGCACAUAUUUGACUAUUACAAGCGCAGAGAGAAAAUGUUCAGCAUACCUGCUUACAUGGACGACGGCCAUUGCCGCAUCACAACCCUUAUGCGUGCCAUACUGGUGGACUGGAUGGUGGAGAUUCAGGAGAACUUUGAGCUCAACCAUGAGACCCUGUACCUGGCCGUCAAGCUGACAGACAUGUACCUGUCCAGGGUGCCAGCUGACAAAGAAGUGCUGCAGCUGAUUGGGGCUGCCUCAGUGUUCAUUGCUUCCAAGUUUGAUGAGCGCUGCCCACCAUUGAUUGAAGAUUUCAUUUACAUCUGUGACAAUGCCUUUGAUCGUGAGCAGUUUAUUGCCAUGGAGAUGGAGGUCCUGAGAGUGGUGGACUUUGACCUUGGAAUUCCCAUCUCAUACAGAUUCCUCCGCAGAUAUGCUAAGGUGGCUCGCAUGUCAAUGGAAACUUUGACUCUGGCUCGCUACAUUCUGGAAAUCUCUUUGAUGGAGUACAGCCUGGUGGUUGCACAAGAUUCCUUGUUAGCAGCAGCUGCCUUGUAUAUAGCUCAGAAGAUGAGGAAAGAAGGGGCCUGGGAAGGAGAAGUUGUCAAGUCUAGUGGCUACAUGUUUGAAGACAUCAAGGACUUGGUGGUGACCCUGAACACAGUACUGCAUGCCUCCCCUGUGCCACAGUUGUCAACUAUACGCAGCAAAUACUCCCAUGAGGUCUUCCAUGAAGUGGCCAAGAUUUCACCUCUUCCAAUGAAGGACCUCUUAUGA